UGUCCUGAUUCUUUACUCCUCUUAUAAUGAAAUCAGAGUCCAGACCCCGCUCUUUAAGAAAAUCUCCACAGACUCCUGCUGCUACUGGCUCAGAGAUGUACCACUGCUCAGAUUGUGGGAAGAGUUUUGCUAAAAGUCGUCACAAGCACAUCCACACAGGAGAGAAGCCAUUUGACUGUUCCCAGUGUGGGAAGAGUUUUACUGUUCAGAGUACUCUCCAACAACAUGAGCGCAUCCACACAGGGAAGAAGCCAUAUUACUGUGGACAGUGUGGAAAGAGUUUUACUCGUCAGAGUAGUCUCCAACAGCAUGAUCGCAUUCACACAGGAGAGAAGCCGUAUCACUGUGGACAGUGUGGGAAGAGUUUUACUGUUCAGAGUAAUCUCCGACAGCAUGAGCGCAUUCACACAGGAGAGAAGCCGUAUCACUGUGGACAGUGUGGGAAGAGUUUUACUGUUCAUAGUAAUCUCCAACAACAUGAGCGUAUCCACACAGGGGAGAAACCGUAUCACUGUGGACAGUGUGGGAAGAGUUUUACCCAACUAUGUGAUCUCCAACGACAUGAGCGCAUCCACACAGGGGAGAAGCCGUAUCACUGUGUACAGUGUGGGAAGAGUUUUACCCAACUAUGUGAUCUCCAACGACACCAGCGUAUCCACACAGGGGAGAAGCCGUAUCACUGUGGACAGUGUGGGAAGAGUUUUACUUAUCAAAGUAAUCUCCAACGACAUGAGCGUAUCCACACAGGAGAGAAGCCGUAUCGCUGUGGACAGUGUGGGAAGAGUUUUACUGUUCAGAGUCAUCUCCAGCAGCAUGAGCGCGUUCACACAGGAGAGAAGCCAUAUUACUGUGGACAGUGUGGGAAGUGUUUUACUGUUCAGAGUACUCUCCAACGACAUGAGCGCAUUCACACAGGAGAGAAGCCGUAUCACUGUGGACAGUGUGGGAAGAGUUUUACUCGUCAGAGUCAUCUCCAACAACAUGAGCGCAUUCACACAGAUGAGAAGCCGUAUCACUGUGGACAGUGUGGGAGAAGUUUUCGUUACCAGAGGGCCUUCCACAGCCACCAGCAGAGUCAUACAGGACAGAAGCCGUACCUCUGCAGACAAUGCGCGUGGAGCUAUACUCAUUCAAGUUCAUUAAUGACACACAAGUGCUCUAACAUAAAGCCAUCAGAGUUAGCCAUGUGAAUUUGUCAAAUUUAGAUACAUGUUUUAUAUUUUCAUUUUUUAAAGGGAGGUAAAGUGACAUUCAGGCAUUAAACUAUAAUUAUAUUAUUUGUUAUGGACUGUAGUAUUCUGUUGCAUGGGAUUUUAUUGUUUACACUCUGGAUUUUAGCAAAAUUAGUUAUUUUAUGUUGUUUUCCUGUUUUUCCCCAAACACUUCAAUACCAAGCAUGAAAUACACAUAUUUAACUAGUGGGAAUGCCCACUUUAAUCGGCCAAUCCAGACCUCUGAGUGAGACACAAAACUCUAAUUUUCCCUUUAUCAUAACACGUUUCAUUUGAAAUGAUUUUUAAAUGUGAGUUAGAAUUAGCUUUUUAAAAUGUUAUGCAUACUACUCAUACUCGUACUCACAUACAUACUCGAACUGCACACCUGUUCAAGCUAACAGAAGAUGGUUGUGUUUAGACAAUUUGAAGAGAUACUUCUUGUCCAAGUUGCUCCGUCUUUGCAGCGUCCAUUUAACUGUAGCUAACUACACUACGGCCAAAAGUAUGGGAUGUCUGUCGACCACACCCAUAUUUUUGAACAUCCUCUGGUGGAUCGGCAUCCGCUCCAUGGUCCCUUGAGCCUAGUGUUCCUGAUAUAGUUUUCAGAUUUACUGCAACCCUGACCAGGAUAACACAGUUACACAGAUCAAUGAAUGGGUUUUUGCUGCAUAUAUGUUCCUUUAAGAAGUAAAAAAAUGUUUGUAUCACCUGCAAGUCUUAGAAUUUUUAUUGCAGGAUCACUUUCACAGUCGUGGAUAUACAGUGAAUGGAGCAUUGACAGAGUACAUAACCAGGGGUCUGGGAUUGAUGACCCCUUCACUUUAGUAAAUCACAUGUUUAAUAAUCCACCACAUUUAUACUUUCCUUAUUAAUCAAUGAAUAUUCUCCAUAAUGCAAAUCAUAAAUGGUUU